AGUUGACCAAACUCUUUUGUCUUAAUGCCAUGUUGAUUGCUCCAUUUCAACACAUUUUUUGGCAAAACCAAAACCCUAAUCCUUCGCCAAUCAUGCACCUACAACACAGCAAACAACUCUUUGAUUAUAUAAUACUAGAAAGAAUCAUUUCACAUUAUUCUUCAAUAGCCCAACUUGGAGGACACUCCAAAAUAGCCCAACAAAUAGAGGGACACAAAAUAGUGAUCUGUAAUUUGCUGGGCCAAGAAAUGCAAUUCAAAUCAUGGAUAUUUAAUUUGUACUGUGUGUACAUAAAAAAAAUGUGGUGUCUGGUAAACUUUCGUAUUUGCAAAUUUUUUACUUUGGCUUCAAACCAAAGAUAGGCGUGUAAAGAAUACUGGUUAGGAUGAGUAGCCUAUAUCACAAAAUUGACUCGUAAUCAGACACAAAGAUCACACAAUUAUAAAGAUGGAUUGAUAGAUCGAUGUGUGUAUGUAUAUAUGUAUGUACAUGCAUCUUCUUCUUCAGUCAAAGAUAGAAGAUAUCCCAUCCCAUCCCACCAACAAAUUGUGCAGAAUUAUUUUGUGAAUCAUGACUGUGUUUUAUCAAGAAGAGGACUCACCAAAGCGAUGCAAAUUCCUUGCUUCAUCCCUCAAGAGUGCAUUUGCUAAAUGCCGCACCUUCCGCUCCAUUUCCACCCCGGAAUCGGAAGAAGCCGCCGCUGAUUUUGAUGAAGAGGAGGAGGUCUUUGUGUCGGCAGUCAUAAGCAAAUACAUGGAAUCAAAAUGCAAGCGCAAGUAUACCUUCGGGAUCGACAGCUUCAAAUGGGCACUAUCACCAGAAACAGGGGGCGGGAACAGAGAGGGCGGCAGCGGCGGUGGAGGCAGCGAAAAUUCAGAUGAUUUCUAUUCCACCUGCACCCGAUUGUCGCGAUGCUCGAGUGCAACAAGCUUCGAAGCUUUCCACACUGUGAAGUCACGUUUCUCUCGAUCAUCAAGCUUGAACAGGAUCGAUUUCCGGGGGUUCAGCAGGCGGUCCAUUCUGCUGGACUUCUGCCACUGCGAAGGAUGGCCAUUCGGACUCUGCCGGAAGGCGUUGCUGCUGCCGCCGCUGCCUAACUCGCCAUCCGAUUCCUGGUCCUGGAAUAAGAGCAGCAGAACAAUAAAGUUACACGCCUGAAUUACAAUUCCUGCAUAUUUGGAAGAGAUUUCUGCCCAAUCCAUCCUGCCUCAUCUCAAACUUUAUAUGUGAGAGGGGCAGGGGUUGGGGCAGAGGAUCCCCUCCCUACAUAUACAUGUAUGAAAUAAUGAGUGGCAAAUCUGUAUGUAAGCUUGUCAUUGAAUGUAAAAUACGAUACUAAUGUUCAGAAUGAGUUUGUCAAUAUAACCCUUAAGAAUGAAUAGACAAACAGAGGUAGCAAAAUGAAGAAUAA